GAACACUAUCGCUAUCACAACGAGGCAGACAAGCUAUCAUUGCACCUCACAAGCCGGACAUAUCUACAACGGCAAUACUACAACGUCAAUCAAAUCACGGAAUUCGAAUUGAACACAUUCAUGUAUGGCGCGCUUAAAUGAGCCGCCUAUCGCACCUGCUCCAAACCCGCUUCUGGCAGCGACGAUUGGAGCAGAGAGCGUUGAUGCUUUAAAACGCCGCUUCACCAGACAGAACCGCGACCUCGCUCGAGCCAAUUCAACACAAGCAUUACACAUCCAAAAUCUCAAACAUGAAGUGGAAAAGUUGGUAGCACAGAAUCAGGAUCUGAAGGAAUUGGUUUUGCGCCUACAGGGCGAGCUUGGAACUUCACGAGCGCAAGCUUCGAGCGUGAGGACGAAGAUAGCGGAAUUGAAUGGACUCAUGGCAAGCUUGUAUGCGCAAGAGGAGGAUGGAGAGCUACUUUCAAGCCAGGUCAUAAUGAGCCCGACUCCAAGGCAAUUCCGCGAACGACAACCUUUGGCGGAACUCAUGCAAGAGACACAGAUGCCGACCAUCGCGGAGCACAAGUCGUUUCCUAGGAGGACACUGAAUGCCGAAGAUGCUUAUGCGCUGAGACUAUCGGAGCAUAGCAGUAACGGAAGCCCUGACCUAGGACCUCCACCCGUAGCACAUUUCGAUGGAUUGGAGCCUAUCACUUACAGUGCAGAACGCGGACCAUCGACUUCGGAGACGAAUGAAGCACUUAAGAAGUCCGACGAUGAGCUGCUUCUGGCGAGCGUGGAGACGAGACGAAAGAGGAAAGAUGGCCCAUCAAAAUUGGAAAUGCGACGGUCUUCCAUCUUGGCCUUGUCACCUGCAAAAAAUGAGCCAGACGCUUCAAAUACAAUGCUUCGUACAGGCGCAAAACGAAAGCUUGCCGAUCGUGAAGCAGAGAAACCCGCGCCGUCACUCGGCCAGGACGACUUCACUUUCUCCCGUCGAUCACCACUCGAAGACGUUCCAACAGAUGAAGCUGCCGCCGUGAACACAUCAUGGCCGGAAUCGAUGGCUGCUUCUCCUCCCAGACCUGCCAGGAGAGCCUUGAGCGACAAAAGCGUCAACAUCUCUCCACGCAAGAAUGCAGUAGUGAGGUCCGAUAAGCCAACGAAGGACCGUUUAUCAGAGGCACCAGAGGCGAAGAAAGGCCGAGGAGAGAAUGCUGCCUCAACUCGCAGAAGCCGUGGGUCUACGACUUCUCAACAGUCAAGCCCACCUCGAGUCCACUCGAAGCCUGCUCUACCAUCCCCGCCUGCAGAGGACAUCGUGCCGCCAUCAGUCCACGACAUCAUUCUUGAUGACGUGGAACUGAACGACAUAGCGACUUCUCUUCCACCCAAGACCCCCGCAGCUCCCAAUCUCGAUGUCUUCUCUCCGCCCUCUUCUCAAUCACUAUCAUAUCCCAACACUGGAUCGCGAGCAUCACGAGACACGCCGCCACCCGCCGAAGCAGGAACAAGCCGUGCGACCGAUGAUGCUGCCGCCAAUGCUGCAUCCCGUCCCUCUCGUCGUGCCCGAAAUGUGGCGGUCAAUUACGCAGAGCCCAGUCUCGUAGCCAAGAUGCGAAGACCAGGCAAGGAGAUGGUCGACGCCAUCAGCGGUCUCCAAGAUCCACGCUGUGUUAUGAGCUCAGCGUCUGGUGAAGGACGAAAGAGCGUUGGUGGGACAGUGAUGAGCUCGACGAGUGCUUCCGGGACGCCCGCGGCCAAUGUCACUUCAGCCUCAGCAUCGACUUCGAUGGCAGGGGCGUCAAGGAGGACAGUCGUCAUUAAGACGGAGCCUGUCGAAGAAGACGGCCGUGAUAUCUACAAUCCCGGCAGCCCGCUCAACUCAAAGAGCGCAUCGACUUUUGCGCCACCGUCACUGUCAGAGACACGAAGUUCUGAGGCACCUGCAUCGAAGAAGACGAGCAGUGCUACCUCAACAGGACGUCGACGGCGCGACUCAACGCAAGCCGGGGUGAAACCCGCCGCUGCCACGUUCACCGACGACGACGAAGACGAGAUCGAGGAGGUCAUUUCCCUGCACCAACAACCCCGCUUACGAACGGUCAAAAUCCCAUCAUCAUCAUCAUCAUCAGGGAGCCGCAACAGCACGAAGCCCACCUCCUCCUCAACAACAACGGCCUCGCUCUCCAACGCAGAAGAAGCCGCAGCAGCCCACAAACGCGCCGAAGAAAUCGACCUCUACGAUUUCAAAGAAACGUCAUCAGCCUCCUACUCUUCCCCUGCCGAAUCGAGUUCGCUAGCAGGGAGCAAAGUCAGCCACAGUGGCGAUGGCGAUCAUAGCUCUUAUCAAUCCCAACGCUCUUCUUCUUCUUCCUCUUCGACGGCGGCACUAGCGGCACUAGCGGCACGGACGAUGACGAAACAGCGCCGGCACUCUUCUGUGCCGAAGGAUCUGAACUCCUCCGUCGCUGCUGCUACUGCUCCUCCGAGUCAUUAUGCUAGUGGUGGUGGAGGUGCUGGGUCAUUGAGUGGGGAGGUCAUGAACACUGCGAAGAGUGGCGAUGACGGGAUGGCGGCGAUAGUGGGGCAUGGAGUUGUUGGGAGAGCGGAGAGGGUGGCGGCGAGGAGGAGGAGUAUGAUGAUUUGAUCCUUAUUGUUUGUUAUGAUGAUGAUUAUUCUUCUGCUAGCUACAUCGAAUCGAGCUGCGCAGGUGGCGAAGAUCACGAAGCCUCUUUUUCUUUCCCAAGUCAGAAUUUUUAGUUGACUAUUUUCUCCACUUCUCUGUUUGAUGAUGAAGUAAAAUAUUAAAUUCUCAAUCGAUAGUGAAAAGUACUGCACGUCGUUUCUCUACUACGAUAUGAAUCGCACUACCCACGGCAUUGUAGUUUUGGCGGUGACGAUAACGAGUAGAUAUUUCGUGAACCCAACAUCAGA